GUCGGUUUCACCAACAAAAAAUAAAUCAGUGAAUAGUUAUUCGUCGAAUAAGAUUUAUUAGUCGAUUAAAUUUUAUUGCGUUUCAAUAACUAUUUGUAAUCCAUAGUUAGUUAUUCGUCGAAUAAGUUCAAAGUAUAAUGAUUUUCCACAGACUGUACUCGUUAACACAAGCGAAUGACAGUUCUUCUUCCUCAUGUUAGUUUGUUGGCCUUCACCUCUUCGGUGUUUUGCCAGGCGCAUUGCAUUAUUUCCCACUGUAAUCAUAUAAGUAAAUAAGUACAUAACCUAUACCUACAAUAUUUGUUGAGGUUUCAAAUCAAAAUCAGAAAAUUUGUGUAAAUUGUGAGUCAUUUGUGAAUUAAAUAGAAAAAAAUGGAAUCGAAAAAACGGGAGAGAAGUAGAAAUUAUUUGGAAGAGGAGAAGGAACACCUGAUAGCGAUUGUGGAAAAAUAUAAGCAUAUUAUAGAAAAUAAGAAAACGGACAGUGUGUGGUCCAAGCAAAAGAAUGCCACUUGGGAACGAAUUGCUGGUGAAUAUAACAGCACCAGCAAAACGGGAAUCAGAAAUGGAAUGCAAUUGAAGCUCUUAUAUGAGGGCCUUAAAAAAAGGGCUAAGAAACUUAGAGCUGACGAUAAGGUUCAAACGUACAUCACAGGAGGUGGUACAAAGGUAACACUGAUGACCCCUCAGGAUGACAGAAUUGUUGCCAUAAUGGGACCCCAAAUAAUCCCUAUGGAGUCUGUGUAUGACAGCAAUAUCACGAGUCAGGAUGUUUAUCAAGGUGAUAUAAGCCAAUGUGAAGGGGAUGCUAUGGAUGCCAUACAGUUGUUACAAUCACAUACUGCUAUGGACAUUCCUGGUACGUCCCAAGCACCUCCUGCUAUGGACAUCCCCAGUACGUCCCGAGCACCUCCUGCUAUGGACAUCCCCAGUACGUCCCGAGCACCUCCUGUGAUGGAUGUCCCUAGUACGUCCACUGGUUUAACACCAAUUAUAAUACAAGAUGAGAAAGAUUCAUCAAGCAAGCAAGGUGGGCCAGCAGCUGCAAAAACAACAAAAGGCAGUAAAAGGAAAUGUCCUUCAUGUGAGGAAAUGCAGGACAAAAAAAAUCUUGUAUUAGAUAAAAAAUUAGAAAUUUUGGAAAUUGUGAGGAGAAAGGAGUUGGUUGAAUUAAAAUUAAAAGAAAUAGAACUGAAAUCAAAAGAUCCGAAUUGGAAUCCAAAUUGGAAUUAA